AUGGGCGUCCGCGGAUAUGGCGUUGGUCAUGCUGAUGAUGGGUGUGCCAAGGGCAUAGAAGGACAUUCCACCAAAACCUCCUGUUACCGAAGGUGGAGCAGAGCUGCAUACCAAACAGUCACAUUUGCUCCAGGAACUCCACAGUGGAGCUACUCCAUGGUGGAGUUGGUGGAGCAGAGCAGAAAAAAUUGGAGUAGAGCCAUCCCAAACAGGCCCAAAAAGAGAAGAGUAGAGCUACAACAACAGAGCCAGACCAUUCCAUCCACCCAGUGCACUAAUAAUAAGGAAGUUGGCAUCCUUGCUGGCAAGGUUAUUCUGACUUUCAAUGAACUCCUUAGCAAAUAUGUUGAUUAUUGUAUUUAUCACUUCUUAGGUCUGUAA